AUGGUAGCAACCGAGACGACGCGUCCCCUCAUCGUCGGCCCGGAAUCGGGCCCUGAGGCUCCUUACCCGUACAAGAUGGAAGGAAAGGUCAUUUCUGGCUUCGGCCGAGGGUCUAAGGAGCUCGGCAUCCCAACCGCAAACCUCCCCGUAGACGCCUCCCUGACCCCCUGGAUCGACACCAUAAAAUCAGGCGUCUACUUCGGCUGGGCCUCCCUCUCCCUCCCCCCCUCCCACCCAGACCGCGUCGCCCCGCCCACCUCCUCGGGCUCCGGUCCCGCGCAGCCUCACAUCGACUUCCAGCUCUACCCAAUGGUCAUGUCCAUCGGCUACAACCCCUUUUACAAGAACACGGUCCGCUCCGCAGAGGUCCACGUCCUCCACAAGUUCUCGGCCGACUUUUACGACGCUCACAUGCGCCUCCUCAUCCUCGGCUUCGUCCGCGACGAGCUCGACUACAAGUCCCUCGAGGCCCUCAUCGCCGACAUCAACACCGACUGCGACGUCGCCAAAAGUUCCCUCGAGAGGACCGCCUGGGCGCCGCCCAAGGCUCUGCGGCCAGAGGCAACGGUUGACGGGUCGCUUGACGCAAAGUGGUUGGUCGAGGAGCUGCCCAAGGCCUAA